AUGAGCCAGACGCUCGAACAAAGGACCAAGCAUUUCAUUCAACGAUUACACAAGGAGAAGUUACCCGUCUCUUCUUUGAUCACAGGGCGUUUUACCUCAUUGGAUACUCUUUUCGACGAAAUGGAGGCAGAAUAUGGCCACGUUCAUCGUCAUAGUAGCAAAAAUGAACUGAUUAGAUGGCUGGAGGCAGAGCUUCGAAAGGCGGCCAGAGAGCUAGGGUGUGGUUCUAUUUGUCUGUGGAUAGAGCAUGUGAAGAAACACCUAAAUGCUGCGAUCGAAGUUGGAAUGAGGACUGGUUUGGACAUCCCUCCUUUUUUCAACACAUGCCUGAUGCAUGUGAGAGGUGUGCACGAGUGGCCUGUGGAAGAGAUCACUGGAAUGCACACGCGCUGUGCUCAUCCACCUUCGACAGGUGUACGAUCGGAACCGCAUUACUUAAGAGGUUAUGCUUACCAGCGUUUUCGCGACGUCAUUUUGGACAAGUUCUUCCAAAAAAGCUUACAAUCCGCUACUUCGCGUAGAGGUGUCUCCAUCUGCCAUCUGGAGCACACUUUUGAUAAGAUCUACCGUCGAAAGAAAAUCCAAUAUCCCAAUUCAAUGCGGGCAUUGUAUACGACGAUGUCUAUAUUGCAUAUGAAUGAAAGAAGACUCAUGAAAUUGGCAGAUCAACUAGCAACCGAUGCGAAACGUCAACGAAGGAAACGUAAUAACUGCAGGCCCACCCUCGUACCUUUUACUUACAAUAAGUGGAAGGAUCAAAUCUUUGAAACAGACUUCAAAUCUCGCUUGAAAAUGUUGGAGAUGAAAUGGGAUGAGCCAUCAUCGCAAGAGGCAUUGGAGAUGAUGAAAGUCGAUGAAGAAUAUGAAAUCGGCCUUUAA